AGCUGGGCACGAUGGCAAGGAUAUUGAUGUUCUGCCAGGUGGCUUUUCAAAGGCUCCUUGCAGGGCAGCUACUACCUCUGCGCAAUACUGCAGCUUCUGGUCGGCAUUUAGAUCCACUGUCUGCGCGUGUCAUCGCAAGCCCAGUCCUGUCCUUCAUUAUCUUCGCUGGAGGCAUUAUGGUGCAUAGGCGCAACACAAUGCUUUCCAGCGAGGGUAGGUGGAGGAGCUGGGCACGAUGACAGGGAUCUCGGUGUUCUGCCAGGUA